AUGUGUUUAACAACAAAGAUCUACGCGAAGAACAACACGCGUAAAUAUUCAACGUCUAGCAUUGUCACACAUGAAGGAGUUCUGAUACCUGAGACUAUUAUAGGAGAAUUCAUUUCACUUCAAGCAUUCAAUCCAAACACUAAAUUCACCAACAGGAAGUCUGUUAUUCCUUUCAUUAACGCUUUGCAAAUGUCAGAAGAUGUUACUCAGAAAAUCGAGUUUAAUUCUGUGUCAGACUAUUUUCAACAAUCUGAGCUCAUUAAAACUACAUUUGAGCCAAAUUUAGUCUUCCUCAAAGCAUUCGGAAGAACACAAAGUCGACUUGUGUGUAGAUGUAGUAGGGAACUCGAGAAGUCAUUGAUGGGAAGUGGAGUUGUACCAUCUUAUGAAUACACCACCCCACUUUGUGCAGAGUUGUUAAAAGAUGUUCCCGAAUUCAGUUAUUCGUCAUUAUUAGAAGCACUCCAAAAUGUUCGACAACUGAAAGAGAAUUAUGGAUUUCUUAAAACUAAUAAUUUUGUAUGUGAGGUGCACAGACAUUUAGAAGCGAGUCAGAAGGUGGCACUCAGUAUAAUGUUACUUAAAAUGACAUCAUCUUCCGUAUUUAGAACGUUUCAGUUGGUCGAUAUUAAUAAGGAGAAAUACACUGAUAAAGAUAUUAAGAAUCUACAACACCACAUCUUGGAGUUGCCAAACCCAACAAAACAGUUGAUGAGACGAUUCACUGAAAUAACAAAACACGUGAAGGAGAUGGCUUACGUGUUCUCUGGCUUUGUAGUCUCUGACGAUAAUAAAGAGGGAUUUGUUAAUAAACUAGGCUAUGGGAUACUCAAGACAGCACUGAGAUAUGAGUCUUUUGUACUCAAAGGAAUAGACGAAACGGGAAUCUACGACUUCAAAGAGAGUAGAAUGAAAGUUGCGUUGUGUUUAAGCGUGGAGACAUUGUCGACUCUGUUGUUUAGUAAAGACUCCGUCUCACUUGGGUAUGUCAGAUUCUAUAUGACAACACUCCCGUAUUUCACAACACAGAAAACAGUGUUGCAAUUCAUUAAAGACAACGUUCAGUUGUUAACUACGGACUGCGCCAAUGUCUAUUUCUCUGUUUGUAAAUCAUUUUUAGAGUAUUGGGGUGACAUGUUCACUGAAAGUCAAGUUGAAUUCAUGGGGAAGGUCUCUCUCAACUACUUCACUGAAAAGGCCAAAGGUGUCACGGACGUAAAAGGUGGGAAAAUACCACAAAACACAUGUGAGGAGAUCACAGGAAUGAUGUUCAAAGAACUUCGAAGGAUGAAAGUGCAAGACCUUGUUCUUCGUGAAAAGAACAUUCUCACCAGCCAGGAAGUCACUCACAAGCAAAAUUGUUUUGAAGACGUUUCGAUGAAAUUCAACAAGUGGUGUUUGAACGAGUUGAUUACCACAAAAGACUACAAGAAGAUGUUAAUUCUUGGCGCCAAGUUCUUAGAACUAAAGAAUUACGACGCGACAUUCAGUGUGUACUGUGGACUAAAAAGUUCACAAUGGAAAGGCGACAAAGCAGAGAACUACACAAAGGAGCUUCAAAAAGACAAGAACUUUCGUAAUAUGGAAAUGGUGUUCAAUGGACCAAUUGUUUCACAGCAAUAUGACACACUCAUAUUAAAAGAAAAGGCGCCAUUCAUUCCAGUCUUCGUGUUGGAAAAUAGAAAAUUGCUUCUUGCAGAAGAAAUUCCAACGUAUGUCGAUGCCACUCAAACGUCCAUUCGAAUAGAAGACAAACUGAGAAAAUGCUAUUCGGCGGUUAAUACUUUUAUUAGAGGAAGGAGUGAAUGUUAUGAAUUUGACAUUGCUGACGUGGAAAAUGUUAUACAGAAGAUAACGGAAUAA